AGAAUGCCGAGCUGCCCUUCGGGCUUCCAGCGCUACGCGGGGUCCGGCCGGUUGGCCAUUGCACGGAAUCCGCGAGGGAACUUCGCUGACCGCGCGGCUCGCUCGCUCCCUCUCCCUGGGGAGGGGGGGUCCAAGGCAGCUGCUCUCCCCCUCCCCAGCCCCUCCGAGGGCUUUGGGGGGCGGGCAUGACGCGGCAACUAGGCAGAGUGUUCCAGGCCUGGGCUGGUCUGUCCCCGCCAGCCACCCUGGAUGGGCACGGUUGGCAGAGCCCUGUGGACUGUGCCCGCGCCAAUGAGCUUUGUGCCGCUGAGCCCGGCUGCAGCUCGAGUUUCCGCACUUUGCGCCAGUGCCUGGCUGGCCGAGACCACAACACCCUGCUGGGCAACAAGGAGUGCCGGCUGGCGCUGGAGGUGCUGCAGGGAAGCGCUCUGCACGGCUGCCGCUGCAGGCGCAGGAUGAAGAAGGAGCUGUCCUGCCUGCAGAUCUACUGGAGCCUCCACCUGGGCCUGGCUGGGGGAGCAGAAUUUUAUGAAGCUUCGCCCUACGAGCCCAUCAGCUCUCCUCUCUCUGAUGCCUUCAGACUUGCUUCAAUUGUCUCAGCAGGGACCGACUCCGCGGCUGCCUCCAGGAGCAACCCUUGCCUGGACGCGGCCAAAGCCUGCAACCUGAGCAACGACUGCAAGAAGCUGCGCUCAAACUACAUCUCCACCUGCAACAAAGAGGUCUCGGCCACCGAGCACUGCAACCGGCGCAAGUGCCGCAAAGCUCUGCGCCAUUUCUUUGACCGGGUGCCCAGCGCAUACAGCUACCGGCUGCUCUUCUGCCCCUGCAAGAACCAGGCCUGCGCGGAGCGCCGCCGGCAAACCAUCGUCCCCGACUGCUCCUACCAGGAGAGGGAGAAGCCCAACUGCCUGACUCUGCGGAGCCACUGCCGAGCGGAGACAUUCUGCCGGUCAAGACUGGCAGAUUUCCACACCAAUUGCCAAACCUUCCUCACCAGCUGCUCCAGGGACAACUACCAGGCGUGCCUGGACUCCUACACUGGCCUGAUAGGUUUGGACCUGACCCCCAACUACGUGGAUGCAAGCUUUAGCAACCCGGUGAUCUCCCCGUGGUGCUCCUGCCAAGGGAGUGGCAACAUGGAGGAGGAAUGUGAGAAAUUCCUGAAGGACUUCACCGAAAACGCUUGUCUCCGAAAUGCAAUUCAGGCCUUUGGCAAUGGCACUGACCUGACCUUCUCCCGCAAGGCCCCUCCGCAGCCGCUCCUCACCCUGCCUCCCGCCAUAGGAAGGGCUUCGGCUUUGCCCUACAGUGUAAAUGACAGCAGCCUUGUCGAUAACACAAGCGUGAGCAUCACCUGCACCUCCCGCCAGGAGAGUGGAGCACAGGUGAACCAGUCCAAAGAGCAGAGCCUUUGCUCCUCAGAGAAAUCUCUGACCACAGCUCUCAUGCCGGAGCAGAAGACUCUUGUGGAGACCAAAGGGUCAGGCAACCAACUUUCCUUCACGGGAACCGUCUCUGCUGUCCUCUUCCUCCUUGUGAAAAUGGCCAUGUAGGAGGGACCUGGAAGAAGACUUGCCACGAGACGGGACGGAGAGGGCCGUGCAAACUCCCCUCCGCCUGUAGGCCGUCCCGGACUCUCCCUUGACCGUUGCCUUCUGGAGAGCUGCUGCCAAGGAGGCCCCACAGCUCUUGCGGAGGCUUCUGCCAGGCGGUCUUCAUGGUGUAAGAAUUGCCAGGAUGAGUGUGGAGGCCCUUGGUAAAGACACCUGGCCUGGGAAUCCAGGCUCACUUCUUUCCAAGGAUCCCAAACACAGGCUGAAGUUCCACCGGUUUACCACCAGCGUUUUAAAGGAAUCCAAGGUGUUAGCUGGACAAUUCGGUGGAGCUGGAGGCCUUGUGGAGAGGCUUUGCCUCACAAUGCCUUGCUUUUACUCUGCAGGGCAAGGGGCAGCCAUUCCUCAUCCCCAGGUCACCACCCAAAUCGUUUUUUGCUGCUUGAAAAUGUUCUAAAAGAGGCCUGGUUUCCAUUAACAGUAACAGAGUUGGAAGGGACCUUGGAGGUCAUCUAGUCCAACCCCCUGCUCACGCAGGAGACCUGUACUAGGGAUUCGAACUGCCGACCUUUCUGAUCGACAAACUCAGUGUCUUAGCCACUGAGCCACCUAUUCAGGCUCAUUAGUCAUGAAACUCCGAGGAUUCUCAGAAGCGUCCGAACUUCAUCUUAGGAAAAUGGAAAGUGGGUGAGAUGCUCCUAAAGCUGGUAGCCUCCUGAAAGGCUAGGACUGGCUGGCUGGAGUGGGUACAGAGCUGUGCCUCAUGGAACGAGGAAUACGGCCAAAAGUCCGGUAGAGUUUCUUGUUACCCUGAUUCUUCUGAUUCUCCAUCUCUUCAUCCUCUUUUCUAGGUUUUUAAUCUCCGAUAAAACAAUCACACUCUCUGAUGAAAAGUUCCCCCGGUAGAAUGUCCCUUGGGACAACUGUCCUGCCACCUCGGGUGGAAACAUCCGGAGAGGACAGCCAUGGCCCCACCAGACGUAUCUAUUGAUGUUUUCUCCCGCUUCCUUUCAUGUUGUUGUUUUUCCAAAAAUGUCUAAAAAUAAGAACAAGAGAUGAAGUAUGAAUAUUAUAAAAUUUAGUUUUCUAAAGCUUAAGUAGAGCAGUGAGCCCUGAGCGGCUCUGUGGCCACUGAAGGAUGGGACCACAGGAGGGCAAGGGGGCCCUUGGCAGAUAACUCAAUAAACGCUUAUUGGGAAACCAA